AUAGUCAGUCAGCGACACUGUAUCCAAAUUUGGUCAAUUAUCCGUGUAUCUGUAAUAGCGGAACAUCAUCAGAUUAAUAAUUACCGUGCAUUUAGUAGAAAGUUGACCUUUUUUUAACGUGAAAGUAUAAAUUGCAAAGAGAUGAAUUUUGGUCUUGUAAAAAACGCGACUGCUAAAAUCGAAACUUCCCACCUCUUAAUGUAAGGCCGAUCGUCAUUCUCCCUUCAGAGAAGAAAUUUUUCUAAAUUUACUAAACGUAUGACAAUAAAUUUCACUUCGUACGAACGCAUGUAACUAACCGAUGACUGUAUUGUUCGAUGCUGGCUAAUGAAAGUGCUUCGUCAAAAAUCGUCGCGCGUAUAUACGAUGGUUAAAUGCCUUUGCACCGUGCUUGGUGAUCAGUCAAAAUUUGUAUAUUUUUAUCCAAGUCAAGAACUUUCUAACCUAAAACAAAAAUUACCUUUGUUUUUCCUCAUCGUCGUCUCGGCAUUUCUCUUUGAGUUUCGUAAACACUCUGACCAAUAUCUUGAUCACCGAGAUGUUUAAGGAACCUCCUAGUCGAAACCGCAAAUCCCUAUCAUUACCAUCAUCCUUAAAGUUUCCUCGUACCGUGUUUCCUUCGCGAAGUUGAUGUCCGUGAUACAACGAACUUCUCCUGUCUAAAUUCUUCAUUGGAUCUGCAAAAAAAAUAAAAAAUGACACGCUGUACUAUGAGGAAUGCCGGAAACGCACAGCGGCUGACGACAUCCUUUCUUCGGCACUAUUGUACAAAUUCAAGAUAGUCUUGUUGAUGCGUAACCAGAGCAAAUCCUCUCCUAGGCCUAGUGUUUCUUUUUAAUGUAAAAAGAUGACUGCGAUGUCCUUAAGCAACCUGCUCUUUAACCACUCUACGUUUAAACAUUGGGUUUAUUGCUGAAUUGAUAGCAAUAAUAAAAUAAAAUAUUGUCACUUCUGGUACAUCAACAAAUGAAGCAUGGGACAGAGUGUGAAAUGAAAUUAUACAUAUAUUUAUUGUGAAUGUGUGUGGCAUAGCAAUGCAAGCAAAAAAACGCUAUUUACUGCUCUUCAUUACCUGUGCAUUUCUUGCUUAUUGCUACUUUGGUGGUUAUCGUUUAAAAAGUGAAAAGUGGACUGUGAAAAAACAGGAACCUCACGAAAAAUUGCCUUCGUACUUAACUUUGAAUGAGGAGUUUUACGACAAAGACUUGAAAUCAACGGGAAUUAAUAAUCUACUUCUUGUUUCUCGUAACACCAAUCAAUGUCGGAUGGAAACUUGCUUCGACUUUACAAGGUGCAGACAAGGUUUCACCGUUUACGUUUAUCCCAUAGAAGACAAUAUCAGUCCUCUUUAUCAGAAGAUAUUGAAUGUCAUCACUGAGUCUCGAUACUACACAACAGAUCCUUCUCGAGCCUGCCUGUUUGUAUUAGGUCUCGAUACCCUCGACAGGGAUCCGCUAUCCGCAGAAUUCGUUCACAAUCUUCCGUCCAAAUUGUUGCGAUUGACCUACUGGAACAACGGAAGGAAUCAUUUGAUUUUUAACUUAUAUUCUGGGACAUGGCCGGAUUAUGCCGAGGAAUCGCUCAGCUUUGAUCUUGGAUAUGCUAUUUUGGCAAAGGCUAGCAUGUCGCAAUUCAAAUUACGACCAAAUUUCGACAUAUCAAUUCCACUAUUUGGUAAACAACAUCCGGAACGAGGUGGCGAACCUGGUCAAGCACCUGAGAACCAUUUUCCUACCAAUAAAAAAUACGUAGCAGCGUUCAAAGGCAAGCGAUACGUCCAUGGUAUCGGCUCGGAAACUCGAAAUGCCCUAUAUCAUCUUCACAAUGGGAAAGAUUUAGUCUUUGUAACAACGUGUAGGCAUGGCAAAUCUUGGAGGGAGUUACAGGAUGAACAUUGCCAGCAGGAUAAUCAAGAGUAUGACAUGUACGACUAUGAGAUACUAUUGAUGAAUUCCACAUUCUGCCUGGUCCCACGCGGAAGAAGACUGGGCAGCUUCAGAUUUCUAGAAGCUCUCCGAGCAGGCUGCAUUCCAGUAAUACUAAGUAAUGGAUGGGCUCUUCCGUUUCAUGAGCGCAUUAAUUGGGAGCAAGCAGUAAUAUUUUCUGACGAACGCCUCUUGCUUCAGAUCCCAGACAUUGUGAGAUCCGUUUCGAAUGCAGAUAUCUUGAAGUACAGACAACAAACUCAGUUUUUAUGGGAACGUUACUUCUCUUCUGUUGAAAAAAUCAUUUUCACUGUAUUUGAGACUCUCCGAGAAAGAUUACCUUGGGAAGGGAAACGAGAAGGAUCGGUAUGGAAUUCGAGUCCCGGAGCUCUGGUGACGCUACCGCAGUUUACAGACAGCCAGCAGGAGCUUCCGUUUUCCAAUUGUGAACCCGGCAACACUUUCACUGCGAUAAUAUACUCUCAGCUCGGAUCUACAGCAGUCCUAUACCGCCUACUCAGAAGCGUGGCUAAGAGUAAAUACUUGGACAAGAUCAUACUCAUGUGGAACACGGAUAUUCCUCUUCCAAGGAGGCCGCGUUGGCAAGGAAUAAGAGCUUCGAUACACGUCGUGGCAGCUAACGGAAUAUCUCACCGUUUUUAUCCACAGAAAUUGAUGACAACAAGUGCUGUAUUAUCCUUAGAUGAGGAUGCUACUCUCAACACUGAUGAAAUUGAUUUUGCGUUUACCGUUUGGCGGUAUUUUCCUGAAAGGAUCGUAGGUUAUCCUGCAAGGUCGCAUUACUGGGACGACUCCAAGCGAUCAUGGGGUUACACCAGCAAGUGGACCAACGACUACAGUAUAGUAUUAACAGGGGCAGCUUUCUACCAUCGUUAUUAUAACACUUUAUAUACCGAGCUGUUGAGCUCGACAUUGCACAAAACUGUUGCACAGUCGCAAAAUUGUGAAGAUAUACUGAUGAACUUUUUAGUCAGUCAUGUGACAAGACGACCUCCUAUUAAAGUUACGCAACGUAAGCUAUACAAGGAUACAACAGUUGCCGGAAUCAGAUCUCCCUGGAACGACCCAGAUCAUUUUAUACAAAGACAAACGUGCAUGAACACGUUCGUCGCUGUAUUUGGGUACAUGCCAUUGCUGCGCUCGAAUAUGAGGCUUGAUCCGGUUUUGUUCAAAGAUUCCGUGAGCAACCUGCGUAAAAAAUAUAGACAGAUCGAACUUGUUAGUAAUUAGCAUUGAAAAUGAGAUUUUUUUUUUGCAUCGUUACACAAGUAUACAACAAAAUAUACCCUAUAAGAAUAUAAUAAAUGCAUUAUUUCAAUCAGCGAA